AUGAGGGGAGAUGCUUCAAAGGCCUCAUGGAAAGGAGGACUGGGGGUGGUGCUUGCUGCAUUCAUUGAUAGGCACGGUGGGUUGUCUACGACGAAGGGGUGUGGCUUUUACCGUGUGACGGUUGUGGUGCCGGACGAGUUGGUCCACGAGAACGACCAGCUACUUGAGUUGAUAGUGGCCUCGAAGACGGACGGGUUGGAUGAUCCUGACUACAAUAUUUUCAAGUACCCGAACAAGCUGCAGCUGGCACCCGAAUCGGAAUUUAACCGACGUCUUGAUGACGCGGUCUUGGACCAAUUUGUUGAGUUCAUGUGUCGUAGUAUAAUUCGUCACAGUCGCGGCAAGUUGAGCAAGAAGCUGCGUAAUCGCCUGGUGACGGAGGUGGCUGCGCUGCACGGGUCGAAGCUACAAGGGGUGUCCAUGGAAGAGGAUUCCGUCCCAGCAGAGGACGCCGCCGGCCCCAGCGGUGAUGCGGUCCCGGAUUUGGGUUCACUGGAAAGUCUCGUGGAAUGUCCAGCGAAGGAGACCCGUGUACCCCCAGGGGAACAACGUCCGGCGAAGGAUUCAAGGAGGAGUCUAAAUGAGGUUCCUGUGGAGAAAACUCCUGUCGACCUUGCAGUAGAGGAAGGUCUACUCAAAGUUCUUUUAUGUGAACCAGCUUCGGAAUAUGAGUUCUGGGUGAGUGAUAGGCUAUGGAAGUUGGAACAUCCUGAGGACGAAGUUGUGCCGGAUGAAGUUGUUGAAAAAGCCCCUUCAGCCAUUGAUGAGAACGUCCCUCAGCCGCGCUCCCUCCGGAUGUUUGGUGGCCUUCAAUGGUUCAGUCUAAGGGAUUUUAGCUUUAAUAAGUUCCGCCUUGAGAAGCUUCAGCCGUCUAAUGUGAUCGAGCGCAUCCGUUGUAAAGUGGCAUCCCUGCGGCAAUGCAUGGAGGACAAUCCGAAGAUGACCGUGGUCGUGGCGGCUGGAAUGCUUUCUGGCCUGGCUUUGUGCAUGUCCUGGCAUCAUCGGGUAUCCGUAAAAGAGGUGGCGAUACCGACCAUCAAUUCCUUGGUCUGCGAGCCGAGCACCGGCUUCGGCGACCAGUUCGAAGUUUGGCCUUCUUUCGAAUGUCUUCCGACCCGGCGCCCGUGCGAUUGCCGUUCGGGGUUGGACUGCGAGAUCACCGACAUGAUGUGCCAGAGUGCAACAGGACCGAUGCACGUGUCGUGGGGAAUUCCCAAGAAAAUAAGAGGGUCAGACGAACUAUUGAAAUGGCUGGCGUGUCGAGCCCGGGCAGCAGACUUCGAAUUCGAAGGCCCAAUCACCACCACCCUCUCCAAUCCUGAGGUCGUCGGCACUGAGGGCUUGCGCUUCAGCCUCACUGUUAAUAACCGCGACGGUGCCACUUUCCGCCACAACGUGGUCUGCUGUCCAGACGGCUGCAGACCAUGA